AGAUAAUACGCAAUAUGAUUCUCGAGUGCACGUUUCUCUUUCUCUCUUUUUUUCGCCAGUAGGGUAUAUUUAUUUUUUAUAUUUAAAAAAAAUAAUCUUGUAAUGUGUAAUAUCUGGCCUACUACGUACCGUAAUCAAUACCAAACCGAUAAUGAUUAAUACGAAACCGUAUUGAAUAUGAUUUGAGAGGGGAGAGAUAAAAGGAAGAUAUAAUAAACGCAACGUUAGCUGCUUUCUCACGCAACAGAUUUAGUCGUGUAUCAGUUAUGUUGUUGUAUAAGUUAGUGUUUCUCGUAGUUUUAGUUAAAGUUGCACAUAGUGAUGAGAUCACUCAUCAAGAUGCGACACUAUCGAGCUUUAGCAAUGAACUUGAUCUCUGGAUGAGGACGGGAAUCGAAACUCAGGAAUUUCGCCGGUUAAUCGCUAUGCUAAGUUUUCCACGUGAUUUACGACGUGUCGACUGGCGCAGCUUGACCGGCGAAAGAAGCGCGAACAUAUGUGUAAUAUGUCAGUCCGCUUUGAACGCUGUCAUAAACAUAUACAGAAACGGCACGUCAGUGGAUGAAAUAAGAUCUAAAGGGAUUAAGUUCUGUGUCCUAUUGAAUAUUGAAACUGAAGAAGUGUGCAAUGGUACGAUAACUCUCAAUCUGCCGACAAUUUUGCACAUCAUAGACGCAAGACCCGAUCUAACGGGGUCUACGAUUUGCGGGAUCUUAUUGGAGUCGGAUUCUUGUCCGCUCAAUGAUACCAGAUUCGAGUGGAGCGUCGACAUCAAUCGUGAUCCUCCAAAAUUGAUCGACGCGGACGAGGUCGACGAAACUCUAAAUAUAAUACAAAUAACGGACAUUCAUUACGACCCCAACUACGAGCCUUAUGGCAAAUCGCAGUGCGACCAGCCGAUAUGUUGUCGGAAGGGACAGAACAGCACGAACACAAGCGACAAAGUGGCCGGCUACUGGGGAGACUACAACUAUUGCGACAGCCCCUGGCACGCCGUUGUUGAUCUCUUAGAUCAUAUUCGAGACACGCACCGAAAUAUUUCGUACGUUUACUUCACCGGUGAUAUCGUGGACCACGGUGUUUGGGAAACCUCGAUAGAGGGAAAUGUUGAAAUUCUUAACAGAAGUUACGGUUACAUUCACGACACAUUCAGAAACGUUCCCGUUUAUCCUAUUCUAGGCAAUCACGAGCCUCAUCCCGUGAACCAAUUCGCACCGAUUGACGUUACCAACGACGAGAUAAACGCGAAAUGGCUCUAUUCAAUGAUGGCCGAUUUAUGGAUUAAUUUCGGAUGGUUGCCGGAAUCAACUCGGUCAACUAUUCUAAGUGGAGGAUAUUACACCGUUUCGCCCAAGCGGGGAUUUAGAAUCAUAGCUCUCAACAAUAACGUGUGUUACAUCUACAACUGGUGGUUGUGGUAUCAACCAGAAGAUCCCGACGGCCAGUUGCGAUGGUUGGAGAAGACACUUUGGCAGGCCGAAAAGGACAGCGAGUUUGUGCACAUAUUGGCACACGUCCCGGCCGGCAACGAGUGUCAGAAAACGUGGAGACGGGAGUAUCUUAAAAUUGUCAAUAGAUACGCGCACAUAAUACAAGCGCAAUUUAACGGCCACACGCACAACGACGAAUUGCUACUAUAUUACGAUGACGAUACGAGAAUUAACAAUGUCGCUUGGAACGGAGGUAGCGCGACCGCUUUCACCAAUUUAAAUCCCAACUACAAGCUGUACACCGUCCACAGCACGAAUUACAUGGUGACAGAUUUUGAGACCUGGAUGUACAAUCUGUCCCUGGCGAACGAAAACGCGACCCAACGGCCGUUGUGGUACAAAUCGUAUUCAUUCAAAGCGGAAUACGAUAUUCCUCAUUUGUCAUACAACUCACUGAGCGAUUGGUUCCUGAGAUUAAAGAACGACGACGAUCUUUUGAAUCGCUACUACAGGAACUUUUUCAAACUUGCCGAGCCAUCACUGAAGAGAGAAUGUGACUCAAAGUGCAAGAGGACAUACGCGUGCCGUAUCAUUGCAAGUCUAAAAGACGAAGCAACUAGAUGUAUUGCAGAGAAAUACUGAUUACAAUAUAUCAGAUUCGACAUACGACGUGUUUUAAUUUAAGUUUCUGCAACAUUUUAUACAAUAAAAAAUAUCAAAACGUC